CCAGCAGCAUACCCCAGUGCUCUCCCCACACUAUCAACCACAGGCCACACAUGGCCGUACUCCUGGGACAGUGGAGAGUGCUCAGCUGCAGUACGAGCUGGGAAUAGUCGUCGCCCGUAGGGCUCACCGUUGCUGGAUUCCAGGAUGAAGAUGAAGUCUGCUGCUGUUCGUUCAGUCGCGUAGUUCGAAGGUUACGCAUCGUCUACACUUCGCGAACUGAUUGUCGGCUCUCUUCACCUUUGGCCUGUGACUAACUAGCCGAGCUUCGAAGUGGAACUCACGCCAGAGCAGGAUUUUGUUCCUGAGACUACCCCGUCGAGCAAACGCAGUGUAACAGCCCCGGUCAGCGGCAUCAAUAGCAGCAGCAGCAGCAGCACUCCUCUGAAUCUCGCAGGAGCCCGCCAUGGUUUGGCUCCUACGUUCCGUUGCCGAUCCUUCAGCUCUGCCUAUUGUGCUGGCAAGGCCUCAGUCAUACACUGUUGGGCGCAAAGGCUGUGACAUCACCAUUGCAGACGACAAGUCUGUGUCGCGCCAUCACGCGGAUCUCAUCGUACGCUGGACCUCCACCACCCACCUGAACGACCACCUCGGCCAGACUAACAACAACGGCUACGGCAGUGACAGCGACAACAGCAAUGCUCCCCCAGCCUUUCCCUCCCUCCACGUGAAAGAUCUGUCCAAACUCGGAGCCUUCCUCUCACCUGCCUCCACUGCUACUGGUGCUGCUGCUUCCAAUUCAGCAGCUCCUGCGCUGCUGGUGAAGACAAACCCCGAAGCUGAGGCUGAGGUUCGGGACGGAGACGUGAUCACGUUCGGGACAAACACGGCCAAGUAUAGGGCGUCUUUCCUACCCUUGGCCGUGUGCCUGCCAUCCUCAGCCUUCGCUGGAGGGAAGAGGGAGCAGUGGAUGCAGAAGAGCACCGACUGCGGUCUUCCUUCCUCGCCGGUGUGGCAGCCUUGGACCACGCACCUGGUUGUGCCACAUGGCGCAACGGUGGACCGCCAUAUCAUCGCUGCGGUGGCAGCUGCUGACGCGGCACAGCCUGCAGGUGCUGACGUGGAGCGGCAUGCGGUAGUCACAACGGCAUGGCUUGAUGCAGUAUCUUCUUUGAAGCUUCUCACCGCACCCAUCCCUUCUGCCACCGCCUUUGCUCCUCGACUCUGGGUGCCUGCUGCUGUCGCUCUGCGCCUUCCCUCUGCUGCUGCUGCUGCUGCUGCUGGCGGUGCUGCUGCUGCUGGUCUAGCAGGAGAAGCUGUGGAGGGGGACGGGAGUGAGGGGUAUUCUGAAAGGGAGAGGGGGGAGGGAGGAGCAGGGGUAGGUGGAGAGGAGGUGGAGUUGGGUGCGGUAGAGGUUCGGCGGAAGGUAUUCAGUGACAUGAUCUUCGUCUCGUGCACACGGGAUAAUGAAUACCACCCACCAGUGCUACUCGCGCUCAUCACUGCAUGUGGCGGCCAUGUGCAAACCAUCCUCCCCACCGCCUCCCACCUCCCCCCCUCGCACCUCCCGCACUCAUCUCGCUCCCUCCUCUGCUGGUUGCCAGCCAUCACCAGACCCGCCUCCUCCUCCUCCUCCUCACCCCCAUCCUCCCCUCCACCUGCACUCAAUACCGGCCCAGCAAAGGCAGCUGUAAAACCGCUGAAGAAGACUGCAACUAGGGCAGCAAAAGCAGCGGCAACGAAAGCAGCAAAGGCAGCAGCUGCAGCAGCAGCGGCGGCAGCAGCAGCAGAAGCAGCAGCUGCUGCGACAGCAGCACCAGCAGCAUUAUCCACACUCCCGCCCCCACCUGCUGCCAGAUCACUUCGAGUAGCCGUACUACACAAGGUUGUAUGUGCUGCCCUAAGCGGGCAGAUGGGCAGGUGGAAGGACAUGACUGCUGCGCCUGAGUGGCCGAGAGAAGAAGGCGAGGCAUUGGGCAAGGCAGAAGGCACAGCACUGGGCACCGCUCUUGAAGAUGCUGAUACUGUGGUGGUUUCUGAUGCUUCCAACGACAGUGACAGCACCACAGAGGAUGGUGCUGGUGCUGGCAACGCUGGUGGUGGUGGUGGUGCAGAGGACAGUCAGACAGACAACGAGUCGUCCCCAACCUUCCGCACAGCACCAAGUUCUGCUGCGGGAGACACCGAGACAGAAGCAGCAGCAGCAGCAGCAGGGGUGCGAGCAGGGCGGGGUGUACAAGAGGUGUCAUCAAAUGCUGUUGGCAGGCUGGCAGCACGUGUGCUGGAUGGAUAUGGUAAGAGAACAAGGAAGAAAGGCACAGAAGGUGUUGGAGAACGUGCGGGAACAGAAGGAGACUGUGAGCUAAGGCCAGAAGCAGGAGAAACUUCAAACAGAGCAGUAGCAGCACCAGCAGCACCAGCAGUACCAGAAACAGCAGCGCUGAAAGCCGAAGCCGCGCCAGCAGUUUCGUCACCAGCAGCAGCAGCGGCAGCAGCAGCAAGAGGCAAGCGAUCUGCUGAGGUUCGGAGCUUCUUCUCUCGAUCCUCUGCCAGCCAAACUGCUCCUGCUACCAUUGCUGCUGCUGCUGCUGCUGUUCCUGCCGCCUCUGCUGCUGCCUCUGCCUCUCCCAGUAACGCCAGCGCUGAGAGUGCUGGCGUGAGGGGGAGGGACAUGGGAAACAAGAGUGUAAAGGUGGAAGCAGACGUUUUGGCCGGGGGGGAGAGGAUGGCGAUUGUAAAGAGCAAGCUUAAAGGCAGUAAGAGUGCUUGUGAUGGUGGUGGUGGUGGCGGUGCUGGCGGCGCUGGUGGUGGCAGUGGUGGUGCUCAUGGUGGUGGGAGUGCACUCCCAGCUGAACUCAUAAACGAGGUGGUCUUCGUCAAAGGGAUUGUAGUGGUACCUUCUCCUCAUCAUUCCCCUGCUGCAACCCUCAUGGCACAGCAGCAGCAGCAGCAGCAGCAGCAGCAGAUGCGAAGCUUGGGGCUCACUCCACUCCCUCCUUCUGCUGCUGGUGGUGCCACUCAGGGGACGCAGUUCACUGUUUCCCAACCCAACUUCAAGCGAUUCCGGAAGGUGAGGGGUGCACCACCAGGCAACACCCCUGGAGUUCUUGUGCAGUACUCUCCCAAGCCGUACCGUCAGCGGACAGGUGACAUGGAGACGUACAUUGAGAAGCAAAAAAGGAAGCGCCAGCAGGAAGCUAUGGCUGACGAGAUUUUCAACAAUGAUGGCAAGGUGAAAAAACGAAAGCUUCCAGCGAAUCAAGUUGCAACACAAGGUAUAUUUGCUCUCACCCAGCACAAGCGCGGCUAGCGUUAUGGUCGAAUUGCAAAAAUGAUUGUCGGGGAAAUGUAAAUCUGGCGUUUAUGUGUUAGGGCGUGUGGCAAGUACGAUCGGAGGGACCCUCUGUCAAACAUAAGUAUAACUCAUGUUUGUAUAGACUGUAUAGGGUCGCCUCUUAGAGGGUACAACACUCUUAGGUAUAUACC